ACAUUUACCAAUAAUAAUUCUACAAAUGUUGACCAGAAAAAAAUAAUAAAAAACUCUUUAAUCUUACACAGAAUAGGUUGCAAAUGCAACACUAGACACGAAGCAAAGAAGUUCAAAUCAAAGCUUCUGAUUCGGCAGAGCCAGGAUUUGGUUUCCUUAUAGAGGAAAAUCAAAAUUCAAGAUCAAAAUCAAGCACAACCCACCAACACCACCAUGCAGAGGUGGAAGUGGAACAGAAAGAAACCCCCCAUUUUCCCUUUACUUGUGCUUGUCUUGCUGUUCUUCAUAGCCUUCUCAACCCUCCACAGUGAGCACACCAUACAACGAAUCCAUGAAAUCCCAGAUCAUGUUCUUAACCACCAAGAGGUUUCUUCAGCCACCUUUGUCAAACCCAACCUCUCUGGUCACCUUAAGCAAGCUCCAGAGGUUUUGGAUAGAUUCAGUAGAUGCAACUCUACUGUUGAGUAUAGUGGCAAGAAAAUUGCUUGGCGUGGUGAUUCUUGGCAGUCUGGUCGCCGGAGAGUGAGGCCGGAAAGUUGUGAUGUUUUUUCAGGCAAAUGGGUGUUUGAUAAUGUUUCCCAUCCACUGUACAAUGAAUCAGAUUGCCCUUACAUGUCUGACCAAUUGGCCUGUCACAAGCAUGGAAGGUCUGAUUUGGGUUACCAGUAUUGGAGAUGGCAACCACAUAACUGCAAUUUGAAGAGGUGGAAUGUGAAAGAAAUGUGGGAGAAGUUGAGAGAUAAAAGGCUAAUGUUUGUUGGAGAUUCACUAAAUAGAGGGCAAUGGAUAUCAAUGGUAUGUUUGUUACAAUCAGUAAUUCCUGCUGAUAAGAGAUCAAUGUCACCAAAUGCCCAUCUCACCAUUUUCAGAGCAGAGGAUUAUAAUGCAACUGUGGAGUUUCUCUGGGCUCCCCUGCUUGUUGAAUCUAAUUCUGAUGAUCCAGUAAAUCACAGACUAGAUGAACGAAUAAUUCGUCCUGAUACAGUUCUUAGACACGCAUCACUGUGGGAAAAUGCUGAUAUUCUUGUUUUUAACACAUACUUAUGGUGGAGACAAGGCCCAGUUAAACUAUUAUGGACUACUGAAGAAAAUGGAGCUUGUGAAGAAUUGGAUGGGCGAGGAGCCAUGGAUUUGGCCAUGGGAGCUUGGGCAGAAUGGGUAUCUUCAAAAGUUGAUCCCCUGAAGAAGCGUGUCUUUUUUGUGACCAUGUCACCAACUCAUCUCUGGAGCCGAGAGUGGAAACCAGAAAGUGAAGGAAACUGCUAUGGGGAGAAGGACCCUAUUUACAAUGAGGGCUAUUGGGGAAGCGGUUCAGAUUUGCCUACAAUGAGCACUGUGGAGAAGAUCCUAAGCAAUUUGAGUUCAAAAGUUUCUGUCAUCAACAUCACUCAACUAUCAGAGUAUAGGAAGGAUGGUCAUCCUUCCAUUUUUCGCAAAUUUUGGGAGCCCCUUAGGCCUGAACAGUUGUCAAAUCCCUCAUCUUACUCUGAUUGCAUACAUUGGUGCUUGCCUGGGGUACCUGAUGUGUGGAAUGAAUUGCUAUUCCAUUUUUUAUAGAUGUUACAAUAUUCAACUUUCUUCAUUGAAUAUAGCAGCCAAUAUCUGCAUUUUGACUGGUAAAAGUUGUUUCUACUUGUUUACACACCAGGGUAGACUUCUUUUGACAAGUAAAUGCCGAAAAUUUAGAGGCCUCAUCAAUGCUGAUGUGCACCUUAAGCAACAUAAAACUAAGGUAGUUAUAUGUUUUGAUUUCUUUUGAAUGUGAUUUAUUCAUUCUCU